AUGGCGCUCGCCCACCUGUACACGCAGUACAACAGAGUUUGGAUCCCUGAUGCUGAAGAGGUUUGGCAAUCUGCCGAAAUGACAAAAGACUACAAGAUUGGGGACUGCACCCUUCACCUCCAGUUAGAAGACGGCACGGAAUUGGAUUAUCCAAUUAAUCCCAGUGCUUUGCCACCUUUGAGAAAUCCAGACAUACUCGUGGGUGAAAAUGAUCUCACGGCGCUUAGUUACCUUCAUGAGCCGGCUGUUCUGCAUAAUCUCAAAGUUCGCUUUGUGGAGUCCAAGCUGAUUUACACCUACAGUGGGAUAAUCUUAGUCGCAAUGAACCCCUACAAACAGCUGCCAAUAUAUGGAGAUGCCAUAAUCCAUGCCUACAGUGGCCAGAAUAUGGGGGACAUGGAUCCGCACAUAUUUGCUGUGGCGGAGGAAGCUUACAAGCAAAUGGCAAGGAACAACAAGAAUCAAUCCGUUAUUGUCAGUGGAGAAUCAGGUGCUGGGAAAACCGUUUCCGCCAGAUACGCUAUGAGAUACUUUGCGACGGUCAGCAGGUCCAGCAGCAACACGCGAGUCGAGGAUAAAGUGCUGGCAUCCAAUCCAAUAACAGAGGCUGUCGGUAAUGCUAAAACCACACGCAAUGACAAUAGCAGUCGCUUUGGCAAAUAUACAGAAAUCAGUUUUGAUCGGAGAUACCAGAUCAUCGGUGCCAAUAUGAGAACAUACCUGCUUGAAAAAUCCAGAGUUGUCUUUCAGUCAGAGAAUGAAAGAAAUUACCAUAUAUUUUAUCAGCUGUGUGCUUCAGCUCAGAGACCAGAAUUCAAACAUCUUAAACUGGCAAGUGCUGAAGAAUUUAACUACACUAACAUGGGUGGAAACAGUCUGAUUGAAGGAGUGGAUGACAGUGCCAAUAUGACGGAGACGCGGAAGACCUUCUCCCUGCUAGGCCUAAAAGAAGAUUUCCAGAUGGAUGUCUUUAAAAUACUGGCAGCAAUUCUGCAUUUAGGCAAUGUCCAGAUCAUGUCUGUCAGUGAUGAAAGAUCUUCUGUUAGGCUGGAUGAUAAACAUCUUAAUAUAUUUUGUGAACUACUGGAUUUAGAAAGUGACAAAAUGGCCCAGUGGCUGUGCCACAGAAAAAUUAUCACUACCUCCGAGACUGUAGUAAAACCAAUGACAAAACUUCAAGCCGUUAAUGCUCGUGAUGCCUUGGCAAAAAAGAUCUAUUCUCAUCUUUUCGAUUUCAUUGUGGAACAAAUUAACAAGGCAUUGAAGUUUUCUGGUAAACAACACACUUUUAUUGGUGUUUUGGACAUCUACGGAUUUGAAACUUUCGAUAUGAAUAGCUUUGAGCAGUUUUGCAUCAAUUAUGCCAAUGAAAAACUACAGCAGCAAUUUAACCUGCAUGUAUUUAAACUUGAACAAGAAGAAUAUAUGAAGGAAAAUAUCCCGUGGACGCUAAUUGACUUUUAUGACAACCAACCUGUCAUCGACCUUAUUGAAGCUAAAAUGGGCAUUUUAGAACUACUGGAUGAAGAGUGUUUGUUGCCACAAGGAACGGAUGAAAACUGGCUUCAGAAGUUAUAUAACAAUUUUCUAAACAAGAACCCACUGUUUGAAAAGCCAAGAAUGUCCAAUUCUUCUUUUAUAGUCCAGCAUUUUGCUGACAAGGUGGAGUACAAAAGUGAAGGAUUUUUGGAGAAAAACAGAGAUACUGUGUAUGAAGUAUUGACUGAAAUCCUGAAAACAAGCAAGUUUCAACUGUGUGCCAACUUUUUUCAAGACAGUCCAGGACCUGUUUCCCCCUUCAGCUCCAUGAUCAAGGUUAAGUCUGCAAAGGUGGUGAUCAAAUCGCCGAAUAAACAGUUUCGCACAACGGUGGGCAAUAAGUUCCGCAAUUCCUUAUAUUUAUUAAUGGAAACGCUAAAUGCAACCACUCCUCAUUAUGUGCGAUGCAUAAAACCAAAUGACGAGAAGGUAGCAUUUGAGUUUGACUGCAAAAGAGUGACUCAGCAACUGAGAGCAUGUGGAGUUUUAGAAACAAUUCGGCUUAGUUCUCAGAGUUACCCAUCUAGAUGGACUUACAUUGAGUUUUACAGCCGCUACAGCAUUCUCAUGGCUCAGCACGAACUGUCUCUCGUGGAUAAGAAACAAAUUUGCAAGAUUGUUCUGCAGCGCUUAAUCCAGGACCCAAGCCAGUAUCAAUUUGGCAAAACAAAAAUUUUCUUCAGGUCAGGACAGGUGGCUUAUUUGGAAAAACUGCGCUCGGAUAAAUUGAGGCAAGCAUGUAUUGUGAUUCAGAAGAACAUCCGAGGGUGGUUACAGCGAAAGAAAUUCCUACAAGUCCGACAAGCAGCGAUUAUAAUCCAGCAGUACUUCCGAGGGCAGCGAACUGUACGAAAAGCCGUAACUGCGACUGCCCUGAAGGAAGCCUGGGCAGCUAUCACCAUUCAGAAGUACUGCCGAGGAUACCUAGUGCGCAAGCUUUGCCAGCUCAUCCGGGUGGCGGCCUUGACAAUCCAGGCAUUUGCCCGAGGAUUUCUCGCAAGGAGGAAAUACAGAAAGAUGCUUGAAGAACAUAAAGCUUUAGUCCUGCAGAAAUAUGCCCGGGCUUGGCUUGCUAGACGUAGAUUUCAGAAUAUUCGACGUUUCGUGCUGAAUAUUCAGCUUUCGUACCGAGUACAGAGACUGCAGAAAAAGCUGGAAGACCAGAAUAAAGAGAAUCACAACCUACUGGAACGAUUGACUACUCUAGCCUCAAACCACUCCAGCGAUGUAGAAACAAUUCAGAAGCUUCAGAAGGAUCUUGAAAAAUUAACCAUGCAAAAGAAAAAAUAUGAAGAAAAGGAAAAGAAGCAAAGAGAUGACUACGAACAGAGGGUCACAAAACUUGAAAAUCACCAUGCGGAGUUACAAGAACAGAAGAGGCAGCUAGAAAAGGAACUUCAAGAGAAAACUGAGGAAAUGAAAGAUAAAAUGGAUGCCUUGACGAAACAGCUUUUUGCUGAUGUUCAGAAAGAAGAAAAGCAACGAAUAAUUCUUGAGAAAAGUUUCCACAACCAGAAGCAAGACUAUGAAAAAACAAUCGAGUUGCUAAAGGCAGAAAUAAAAUCUCUCAAAGAAGAAAAUGUUCAGCACCAAAAACAAGUUCAAGAAAAACAACAGAUUCAGGAUGGAUUAAAAAUGGAAGUAGAAGAACUUACGAACCAAGUAAAGAUAAUCCCCGAACUGCAAAAAGAAAUUGAACUAAUUCAGACUCAGAAGCUGGAUCUGGAGAAGCAACUGCAGUACCAGAAGCGGGAAAUGAGAGACAAGAUGUCGGACAUCAUAAGGCAGCUUCGGGAGAGCUAUGACUUUGCAGAUGUAAGGAGCAGAUUGUCUCCUGAAGAUUUGGAGCAUUUAAAUGAAGAUGGGGAACUCUGGUUUGCCUACGAAGGCCUUAAAAAAGCCACAAGAGUAUUGGAAAACCAUUUCCAGUCACAGAAAGAAAACUAUGAAAGGGAGAUAGAAGGUCUUAAUUCUAAGGUUGAACAUCUUAGUCAAGAAAUAAACCACUUACAGAAGCUGUUCAGGGAGGAAAAUGACAUAAACGACAGUAUUCGGCUCCAAGUGACCCGACUAACUUCGGAAAACAUGAUGAUCCCAGAUCUCAAGCAGCAGAUCUUUGAGCUUCAGAAGCAGAAGAUGGAUCUUGAAAACUGUCUUCAAGAUGAAGUUGCCAAGAAUAAAGAGAAAAUGGAAGAAAUAUCAGAUCUCUUGCGUCAAAACAUGGAAGAAGAAGGACCACAAAGAAGAGCAUUACAAGUUCAAAAUGAAAUUUUCACCAAGGAAAAAGAAAAGUUGAUGGGCACAUUUGAAGAGUUCGAGGAGGCAAAUGUUCACAUUGCAAAACAACUUGGAAGAGAGAAUGAAACCAAGGACAAAAUACGGCAGGAUCUGGCAUACCUUACCAUGGAAAAUACGGAUCUAGAGGAAGAGCUGGAUAAGAAAGACAGAUUGAUAAAGAAACUUCAGGAUCAGAUCAACACUCUUAGAAAGUCUUUAGAAACCGCCAAUGAAGUGCCUGCGUCAUCCAUGAUGGAAGAAUAUCUUGGAAUGUUGCAGUACAGAAAGGAAGAUGAAGCAAGAAUUGUUCAGAAUUUGAUUCUUGAUCUAAAGCCUCGUGGGGUAGUGGUUAAUAUGAUACCGGGACUCCCAGCUCACAUCCUCUUCAUGUGUGUGAGAUACGCAGACUAUCUGAAUGAUGACGACAUGCUGAAAUCUUUCAUGAACAUGAGCAUCAAUGGUAUCAAACAAGUGAUUAAGGAACAUGUAGAAGACUUUGAGAUGUUGUCUUUCUGGCUCUCAAAUACAUGCCAUUUUCUUAACUGCUUGAAACAAUACAGUGGAGAAGAGGAGUUCAUGAAGCACAAUACUGCGCAGCAAAAUAAGAACAGUCUGAAGCACUUUGAUCUUUCCGAAUACAGGCAGGUUCUCAGUGACCUGGCCAUUCGUAUUUAUCAUCAAUUCAUUAUUGUAAUGGAGAACAAUAUUCAGCCAAUGAUAGUGCCGGGAAUGCUGGAGUACGAAAGCCUCCAAGGGAUUUCUGGUUUGAAACCGACCGGAUUCCGCAAGCGUUCGUCCAGCAUUGACGAUACAGAUGCCUACACCAUGACGUCCAUCUUGCAGCAGCUCAGCUAUUUUUACAGCACCAUGUGUCACAACGGCUUGGACGCAGAGCUGGUGAAGCACGUGAUGAAGCAGCUUUUCUUCCUGAUAGCGGCAGUCACGCUGAACAGCCUCUUCCUCCGCAAGGACAUGUGCUCUUGCCGAAAAGGCAUGCAGAUAAGGUGUAACAUCAGCUACCUGGAAGAAUGGCUUAAGGACAAGAAUCUGCAGGGCAGUUCUGCCAAGGAGACAUUAGAGCCUCUUUCCCAGGCAGCAUGGCUCCUUCAGGUCAAAAAGACCACAGAUGACGACGCCAGGGAAAUCUCUGAACGCUGCACAGCCCUUUCUGCAGUGCAGACAGUAAAAAUCCUCAACUCCUACACUCCUAUAGAUGAUUUUGAGAAGAGAGUGUCUCCAUCAUUUGUUCGUAAAGUCCAGGCUAUGCUGAACAACAGAGAAAAUUCUUCACAACUGAUGCUAGAUACAAAAUACCUCUUCCAAGUGACAUUUCCCUUCACCCCCUCUCCACAUGCUCUGGAAAUGAUAGAAAUCCCCAGCAGUUUCAAACUUGGCUUUCUUACUAGAAUAUAACAGAUUGUACAUUGACUCUUUGCUGGAAGGGUAAAUGAUUGUCACUCAAGUGCUUCCUUAGUCACUGUGAAGUCAACUUUUUAGUAUGGAGGUUAAUCCUGAAAAGCAUUUGGAAAUCAAACUGUCUCCCUUCUUCUGGUUUUAGAGUGGAACUCUUUGUAGUCUUCAGAUGUUUCAUUUUGGACCCAGCCAAGCUAAAACGAUUGUUUUUAGUCCAUGGUGGUUCCCCAUAUUACGAAAUACUUUCUGCAAUGAAGGAUUAACAAGGCAAUUUUUGUAACACUUUUGCUACAGUGUUUGUAUAAUCUUGUUUGUAAAUUUCCAUCACUGCAUAUGUAUAUUUUAAGGAAGUUGUUAAACAUCUUGGAUAUUUAAUAUAAUGAUACAAGACAGUGUCA